CCUCUGCGGGCGCGCGCAGCGCCGCCGAGCGCUCCAGUCCGCUCCGUGCUGCCGUCGCGCACGCACGCGCAUGUCGCUCGCUGUUGUAUUCGGUGAUGUGAGGUGGCCCCCGCCGCUGCCGCAGCGCCGCGCGACUAACGCGCUUUUUUCGCGACCGAGUAAGCCAGUUGAAGGCUCGAGAGCCUUCGAGCCGGCAAGACGCCGUCCACCGUGGAUCUGAGGUACGGCGCCAUGGCGGCGACCACGUACAUGCCCGCCGACAUGGACCUGGGCAACAUCGGCGGGUACCAUGCAGCGUCGCCGCGCAGUGCCGAGCCCGCCGACAUGAAGUACCAGCACGGGCUGCACGCGGGCGGCUCGCCGUCCCCGGGCGCGCCCGUGCUCAACCCGUGGACGUCGCUGCCGCCGGCCGACCCCUGGGCCAUGCACCAGCACCACGCGCACGCGCACCAGCCCGACGUGAAGCCGCCGCCGGCGCCGCACGAGCACCGCCACCUGCAGCACGGCGGCUGGCACGCGCCCGUGGUGUCGCCGCACUACGGCGCCGGCUCGCCCGUGGCGCUGCACGGCGGCUACCCCAUGCCCAUGCACCAGCACCACAUGCUGCGCGACAUCCAGCCCUCGCCGCACCCGCUGCACCACCACGCCAUGGAGCGCGAGCCGCCCGAGGAGGACACGCCCACCAGCGACGACCUCGAGGCCUUCGCCAAGCAGUUCAAGCAGCGCCGCAUCAAGCUGGGCUUCACGCAGGCCGACGUGGGCCUGGCGCUCGGCACGCUCUACGGAAAUGUGUUCUCUCAGACCACCAUCUGCCGGUUCGAGGCGCUGCAGCUCAGUUUUAAAAAUAUGUGCAAGUUGAAACCGCUGCUCCAGAAGUGGCUGGAGGAAGCCGAUUCGACGACGGGGAGUCCCACGAGUAUCGACAAAAUAGCCGCACAAGGCAGGAAAAGAAAGAAGCGCACCUCGAUAGAAGUGUCAGUGAAAGGUGCUCUGGAGCAGCACUUCCACAAGCAGCCCAAGCCGUCGGCGCAGGAGAUCACGUCGCUGGCCGACAGCCUGCAGCUGGAGAAGGAGGUGGUGCGCGUGUGGUUCUGCAACCGGCGGCAGAAGGAGAAGCGCAUGACGCCGCCCAACACGCUGGGCAACGAGAUGAUGGAGGGCAUGGGCCACGGCCACUACGGGCACGGCGAGGUGCACGGCAGUCCGCUGCAGCACUCGCACUCGCCGCCCGGGCUGUCGCCGCAGCACGGGCUGCCGGCGGGCGCGCACACGCUGGCCGCGCACUAACAGUUCGCCCCGUGGGCGCCGCCGCGGCCCUACUACUCGGAGCCUCACUAGCGCCGACUAGUCGCCGCGCCCGCGGGAUACCGACCGUGUACAUAGCGCCGCGCGCCCGGACGUGCCCGCGGCGCAAGUGACGGCCGCGCUUGUACAUACCUGUGCGCGAGCCGGACUACACCCGAACGCUACGUUUAAGUUGUUCUUUAUAAUUUCAGUGAAGUCAUUGAUUAAUUAUGUGAGUAAUGUUAAGAUCGAAGCCAGUAAUCGUUUAUACUUUAUCGAAACGCCGAGGUUCGGAGUGAUCGCCGAUACGUUUAGCUAGAUAGUCUAAUUGAUAAAUAAGAGCUUAAAUCGGAGGUGGAUCCCGGCGUCGCUCGCGCCUCGCCGGCGGCCGCGGCCGCAGCAUCGUCGUGCGGUAAGUACGGCGACAUUACACACUCACGAGUAGCACUGUAGCGCGCGUACCGAGCGCACACUGAGCGCAUGCCGAGCGCACCGCGUACUUGUCGCACGCGAAGCCGCGACCUGCGAGUCGCGCGAGCCGCGAGGCCGCUCCGGCGAGGAGUGCGAAGCACUAUUCAGUUUUGUAAAGGACGAUUUCAUCGAAUUUAUUUAUAGAUAUUACAAAUUAACGAUGUUCAUAAAUGCCUACCUGUCAGUAGGGAGUCAUUGUGGUGUGGAAUAAAUUUAAAUUGUUGCUAUUACUGUAAAUUUAUGAUUAGUGAUGAGGACGAGAGUAAAAAAUAUGAAUCGGGUCGAAGCUUCGUUUUGUAAGGGAAUACGAGUGAGUCAAUAGGUGCAAUUUUUAUUUUAAGUGUUUAAUGAAACGAUCCGAAUGUGAGAGCAAUCAUGUACGUAGUAAGCCAAGAGCGAGUAGCGCGACGCGCCGCGCGCUCUGUUGGUGUUGCGAGCGCGCGUACGUGCGGCGCGCUACUCGCGCGACAACGCGCGACACGCACUCGACGCACACCUAGCUCCCACUACAUAAUUUAUUCAAAUUAUUAUUAAAAGGAUGCAGACACGAUGCCAAAAUGGUUUUAUUCCUGUUUUUUACUUGUUUUGUUGUUUUUUUCGUUUGUAUGUAUUUGUGGCCAAUCUUGGUACUUAAUACUUGUAAAAAUAGGUAUUUUUUCUAUAUAAAAUAAUGUACCUACGACGUAUAUGAUGAUAUAUAUUAAAAAAGUUCUUUAUAGAAAUUGAAAUAUGGAAAUGACUUUUAUUACAUGUCCUGAUAUCUCUCUGCUUCGAUACAGAUAUUGUUUGUUACAUGAUGUUGUGUUACGAUAGUGUCAGGUGUCAGACACAAGUGUAGCGCUCUCAGUGUCUGCUGUGUCGCAGUGCAACGAAUGUUUAGUUUUAGGGAGGAUUGUUUGCUUAGUUUUACUGUUAACGAACAAAAGCUCAGUGACACUUGUGAAAUGUUUUGCUGAAGUUGAAUUAGAAGAAUCAUGUAAAUAUAGUAUUCGCAUCACGAUGGAGUUAGGUAUGCAAGUCUACAUAGCGAGUAAAUAUUACUUAGUGAUAUGGAUAUUUUAUAUUAUCGUCUAAGUAUUUAAUAAAACAGAGUAAAUAUUUUACUAAA